UCGCCGCUGCCUUUAAAAAGGACCGGGUGGGCCAGGAGAGGCACAGUUCGCUUCGAGCUCCUCUCCGCUCCUCCUCAGGGCGAUCCUCCCCUCACACUCAUCAUGAAAGUGUUCCUGGUUCUCGCGCUGGCGGCGCUGGCGCAGGCGCGCCCUAAGGCCGAGGCUCCCGGCGGCUACAACUACCGCGCGCCGCCGCCACCCCAGAGCUCCUACACCUCGGCCUCCGCCUCCAGCUACGCGCCCACCGGCCCCUCCUCCUACAGCUCGCUGGGGCCGGCCUACGGGGUGCCCGCCACACGACAGGAACCCACCGUCCACAAACACAUCUAUGUCCACCUAGCCCCCCAGGAACACGAGGUGCAGGCCCCGCGCGCGCGCCCCACCUUUGCGCCGCCACAGAAGCACUACAAGAUCGUCUUCAUCAAGGCCCCCACCCCGCCUACCCCCACCCAGCAGACCGUUGAGCUGCCUCCUCAGGACGAGGAGAAGACCCUUAUCUACGUGUUGGUCAAGAAGCCCGAGGAGCAGCCCGAGGUCAAGGUCAACGUGCCCCCUCCCACCCCGCCCAGCAAGCCCGAGGUCUACUUCAUCAAGUACAAGGCCCAGAAGGAGGAGGGCUACCCCAACUCCAUCGCGCCGGCGCCCGCCAACCCGAUCCACGCCGACGACGGCAUCAUCACCGACGCCCGCGGCGCCUCCGGCAUCGACCUGCCCAUCCCGGCCGCGCCCUCCAGCAGCUACGGCACCCCCUCCGGCCCCGCCCGCUCCCCGUCCUCCUCGUACGGCACCCCCCUGUAAGUACAAGGACAACCCCUUCGUCUCCAAGCAUCCCACCUGUGUCAGCGAGAGCCCCGUGGUCAACACUUUCAUUCAUUUGUAACUACUAUUAGGUUUAAGUAAGUGUAACGUAAUCUCAUAACUAGCUUGGACAGACGACGCCGCGCUACCUCAUACACUUCGUUCACUAAGCAGAGAGCGUUGGCAGCGCGCUGAGCGCACGGCGUCCAUUUCGUAUCGUCAGCCCACGCCAUCGCUCAUAUUGUACAAAUGUGUCAAGCUCUCGUCCGUGUGCUCAGAGGGAAAGCGACUCUCGGCGCUCUUUCCCUGCUCCCUUGACGAUGCGCAGUCAAAGAGCGCUGGAGUGUAAAUAAGAAUGUGAAAGGACUAGUCAAUUUUUGUUUCACAGACUCGUACGUUAUCAUGCGAAAUCACCAUUUCGUUCGUUUUCAUCAUUUGCACAAAAUUGUUCAUUUAAGCAUAUGUUCAUUUGUCAUCAUUCUGCGUGUCCUUAUGUCGCUUCCAUGUGAUUUAGUUACCACUUUAUUUUUUUACACAAAUGUUAUUUUUUAUUAAAUGUACAUAGAAGCUGUGAAUUGUGUCAAUAAAUUUACUUUUUU